AUGAAUACUCCGCUGGACGAAUUGCAAUGGAAAUCGCCUGAAUGGAUCCAGGCGUUUGGGCUCAGGACCGAUAAUGUGCUGGACUACUUUGCCGAGUCGCCGUUCUUCAACAAGACUUCGAACAACCAAGUGAUCAAGAUGCAGCGACAGUUCUCGCAGGUUCCUGGUGAGCCCGUGCAGACGCAGGAGGGCAAGCCACGUCCCAACGAUCUGGAGGUUAUUGGUGCCGGUCCGGGCCAGCAGCAGGACCAGGAUGAAUUCGCGUAUGCAGAUCCCGUGAGAAGAAGCCUUCUAGCCAGGUAUCCCGUACACGCAAUGUUGGAGCGGGAGCUCGCCAGAAUGAAGGGCAUCGAGUAUGUGCUUGCCUAUGUGCGCGAACCGGACUUCUGGGUCGUCAAGAAACAAGAGAGACUAGCGGCGCAACGGAUCCGCGUUCUACAGGACUACUACAUCAUCGGUGCUAACGUGUAUCAGUCUCCGACCGUCUUCAAAAUCGUCCAGAGCAGAGUCAUGUCUGCCAGUUACCACCUGUCGGAGACGCUAGGACAGCUCCACAGUCUGACGCAGUUUCAGCCAUCGCAAGGAGUGCGGUUCAAGCGGCUACAGAACACGACAUCGGCGAAUCCAGGCGCGGCCAACGGCGCCACCGGCAGCCAGGACAGCGCUCCGGCCACGGCAACUGCCAACGAGCUGCCAUCGACUACGAACACGGGACAGACCGCGCAAACGGCGAGAACAGACCAGCUGGACAACAACGGUGCCAGUGCCAGCCGGGACGUGCUAACACCAGAGAUGAUGCAGAAACUGAUGUACAUCAGCGCCAGAUCGACGCCAGAAUACGUUUAA